AUGAAUUUGGUGAGUAAGGUAGGUUUUGGUGAUGGCUUGUCCCCUCUCGAGAUUUUGUCGGAGACGGUUUGUAGUAUAUUCAAGGCGCAUCAAGAGAAACAAGAGCAUUCUUCAGAAUCUCCAAAGAAAGGAAGCUCCUUGUACUUCAAUUUCUUGAAUGAUACGGCCAGCCCUAGCAAUACUACUCCUAAAAAAGGCAACGGGCCAGUGAUGAUCAUGAGAAAAGAGGCGAUAUUGGAGAGUCCUAGCAGCCAUGACGAGGAUGAUGAUGGCCGCCAAGUCCUACUCGUUGAUCAUGAAGAAGAAAAGUCAGAACUGACUUUUCAAUUACAAAUUCCAAAUUUAGUUAAGGAAUGUUUUCCACACCCUAAGAAACGAAGGUCUUCAUCACCAACUAAUAUUAAUAGCAUCAUCCUAUUUGGACAAAAGAUAACAAUGAGCACGACUGGACAUGCUAGUACUAGUGGUAGUAGUAUUGAAUUUGAUCAAAUUCAUCAAGAGCAGGCAAUGACUGUUAAGAAUGCUUCUUUGAAAAGAAAACAUAUUUUUGACGAGGAUGAUAAAGAUUGGGUUGCUGCUCCUGAUAAGAAGAAGAAAAAGGUCAAGUUUUCGGUCAACAUGAAUUCAAGCAAAGGCAAAGGCAAGGGGAAGAACAAGAGCGUACCCGAACCUAUUCAUGAGUUGCCUGAAGAAUUCAAGCAAGUGAUAUUGGGCAAAAUGAAUGGGACAAAGCUCCAAUUAUUGGCACAGAAGAGUUUGUUCGAGGCUGACAUAAAGUCAGGCCAAGGUAGGUUGUUGCUGCCUCGAGAGCAAACCACAUCCAAGAACCCCAAGAAGUUCCUCAAACGCAAAGAGAAGGCCAGACUUGACAAAUAUAAAAUGCAGGUUUCAUUGAUAGAUCCCGUGCUUCAGCAAGAAGAUAUUACCUUGGCGUGGUGGAAGCUAUCAAAGAAACCCAAAAAGCGAUCCUUUGUGUUGACACAUACCUGGAAUCACAUUGUUAAUAAGCAUCAUCUAGAUACAGAUGAUUUGGUUCAAGAUUAUGACAAUGUUGAUGAUGAUCUAAAUGACGAUGAUGGUCAGCUUCAUUUGGCUCUUGUUUUGGUUAGGAGAGGUGAUCAUGUUCUCAAGGAAGAAGGCAACGAAGAAAGUAGUGGAGGACGAAAAGUUGUAGGUGGCAGCAUCAGUGGAAGUUGCAGCCCUGAAAAUUAUGAGAGCAGCAGCCCUGAAAAAAUUGAUAGCAGCAAUCCCAAAGUUGGUGAAAAAAGACCAAGAGACUUUUAA